AUGGAGAAAGUUCUGUUCAUCAUAGCCGCAACAGGCCUGUGUGCCGUCACCUCCAAACAUUACUACCAGUUUGUUUAUGAGCUGAAGAACUGGACUGAAGCGCUGAGUUACUGCAGAGACAAGUACACAGACCUGGCUGCUAUAGACGACAUGCAGGAUGUGCAGACGCUGAACGACAUGGUGGAAUUGAGCAAAAUGACCAUCAUGGAGAACGGCAAUCGAGCCUGGAUCGGGCUGUAUGAUGACAUCAACGGCUGGAGGUGGUCAAUGUCAGAAAACAGUGAGGCUGAGUUCAGAAACUGGUCACCUUGGCAACCAGACAACCUAAUGAGUAAAGAAUUCUGCGUACUGAUGGUUGAUGGACUGUGGUUUGAUUAUCCUUGUGAGAGUUUCUACAGAUUCGUCUGCUCUGAUAACAGAGGGUCGACUAUGACAUUUGUCUACAUUGACAAUCUCAUGUCGUGGACGGAGGCCCAGAGCUACUGCAGACUUCAUUACACAGACCUGGCCAGUGUGAGGAACAUGACAGAGAACCAGAAGAUAGAUGAGGUGGUACCUGCAGGGGUGAAGGUGUGGAUUGGCCUUUUCAGAGAUUCCUGGAAGUGGACAAAUGGAAGUACCUCCUCAUUAAGAUAUUGGACAAUUAUUGAACCUAACAAUCUGAUGGGACACGAGUCUUGUGUGGCAGCAAACUUUGAAGAAAAUGCAAAAUGGGAGGACUGGACCUGUGACUCCAUGAAAGAAUUUGUUUGCUACAUCGCGCCUGUUUACAAGCAAGUGGUGAGAGUGAAUCUGAUAAACUCCAGUCCUGAUCUGACCCACCCUGAUGUGAUGGAAGCCAUGCUGAACCACAUCAAACAGAAGCUGAAGGAGCAGGGAGUAAAGGGAGACAUCAAACUGAGCUGGAGGAAGCAGUCAGAUGGAUCGGUCUUCCAAAAGGAUGACGAGGAAAUGAAGAAGAAGAGCAUCGUCUGA